AUGUCUUCGUCCUACGAUGUGCUUGUUACUGGCUCGGCUGGCCACCUCGGCACCGCUCUAAUGCUUCAACUUCCUUCUCUGGGCUUCCGGCCCUUGGGAAUCGAUAUUCUCUCUUCGCCAACAACAACACUCGUUGGCUCUGUGAGCGACCGCACUUUUAUUGCAUCGGUGUUUGACGCCCAUCCCAUCAAGCAUGUUCUCCACGCGGCGACUUUGCAUAAACCCCACAUUUGCAGCCACAGCAAGGAAGAUUUUGUCUCGACCAACAUCCUCGGCACUUUGAUUCUUCUCGAAGAAGCCUCCAGAUUUCAAACUCGGAUCGAGAGCUUCGUCUUUUUCAGUACGACCAGCACCUUUGGCAAGGCGCUCAGUCCUAAGCCAGGGUCUCCCGCCGCUUGGAUCGAUGAAUCAGUCGUUCCCAUCCCAAAGAACAUCUACGGAGUGACAAAAGUUGCAGCUGAGGAAAUGUGUGCAUUGAUGCAGAAGCAAAGUGACCUCCCCGUCCUAGUUCUCCGCACCAGUCGCUUUUUUCCCGAGGAAGAUGAUGACGAAGACCGUCGCGCAGCCAUGAGCGAUGAGAAUCUAAAGGUUUUAGAGCUGGCUUAUCGCAGGGUUGACAUUGAGGAUAUUGUGAGUGCCUCGGUCUGUGCAAUGAAAAAAGCCAAGGGUAUUCGAUGGGGGACGUAUAUCAUCAGUGCCCCGCCACCGUUCCAGAACGAUGAACAGACUCUCGAAGCUCUGAAUCGGAACCCUGCUGAAAUUAUCAGCAAGGCAUUUCCUGAUAUAGACGUCGUCUUCAAAGAAAGGGGCUGGAAAUAUCUUGCGAGAAUUGACCGAGUGUAUGAUUCAAGCAAAGCAGUGAAGGAAUUAGGAUGGAGCCCAAAAUAUACAUUCCCAGAUACAGUGGGGAAGCUGGUUCGAGGUGAAAAAUGGAAGAGCGACUUGACGGCAUUGGUGGGCAAGAAAGGAUAUCAUGCCGUGAGCACUGGAGUGUAUACACGGAGAUGA